GCAUGCGUAACAACAAGAAAAAAAAUUGACUAACAAUGAGCAAGAUUGUAUAGUUUAAAAAGAUGAUUUGUAAGGAAUGGAUCUGCACUGCUUUGUUAAUAUGGCUGCAGUUCAUGGAUUAUCUUGCAGAUGCAGUAAAUUUUAAUGAUAAAUCUCGGUAUGAUUUGAAGGAAUGGUGUUCCUCUUUACCAAUUAUAGAACAUGGAAAUGUUAAAAGGUUUGAUUUUAAACCAUCAAUAGCACAAGUUAUAUGUGAGGAUGGUUACCAACUAAUAGGGGAUAUGAAGCUUACAUGUAAUAAUUCAAAAUGGAGUCCAGUCAAGUUGCCAUAUUGUGAAAAAAUUGAUAACCAACCUCAUGCUGAUGCUGGAAAUGAUGUUGUGAUAUAUUUACCUAAACAUUAUGUUAUUCUAAAUGGUAGUGGUAGUUAUGAUGAUGAUCAUACAAUUACCUACCAUUGGUGGAAUAAAGAUCCACAGCUUACUCUUGAUUUAAAGGGUACAAGAACACAAUAUUUAGAGGUGUAUAAUCUGCAGGAAGGUGUAUAUACAUUCAUACUGAAGGUGAUAAAUUCUGUUGGACAACAAUCUACAGAUAGUGUUACAGUAACUGUUAAACAAGGAAGUUCUGGUGGAUGUUUAGAUUAUCCAGACAUACCUCAUUCAACAGUCCGAUGGGAACAAUCUUUUAGAGCUGCAUUAGUAGAGUGUGAUCCUGGAAAAUUUAUACAUCUUAAUGGGAUAGCUUUUCAUAGCAUAAGCAUCAAAUGUCAGAAUGGAGAGUGGAUGUCUGCAGAUGGAUAUAAAAAUCUACCAGAAUGUGUUAGAGAUACAGAUGCUGAUUGUGGUGAUCCUCCAUCAAUACUCCAUGGGACAGCCAAAUUUUCUGGUAGUAACCAGGUGAUGUACAAAUGUGAUGAUGGAUAUUAUAAAGAUGAACAAUUUGCCAUUUUAAUUUGUAAAGGAACUAGUUGGAUAGGAAAUACACCAAAAUGUAGACUAGAAGACUAUAAACCUUUUGUUUUCAAAAAUAAUUGUCCAGCUCCUCCAUCAAUAGAUAAUGGUGAAAUAUUUGUACGGGAUUCUUACAAUGUUAGAUCAAAAGUCACAUAUAAAUGUAAUAGAGAUGCUUAUCAGUUACUGGGAAAUCCAGUUAUGGAAUGUUUGGAUGACUUAACAUGGUCUAGAUACCAGCCUACAUGUAUCUUGUCUUCCAGCUUAAUUAAUAAAGACUGGUUUUGUCCAGCAAUACCCCCUAUACCAAAUGGUAAAUGUUACUGUCAUUCUAAAAAGGACAUCAAUUUCUGUGAGCCAUUCUAUCUUACAAUGAAAAUACAAUGUUCAUGUAAUGAAGGAUACAGACUUGUUGGACAAAAGACAUUGACAUGUACUGACAAAGGAUUAUGGAACUAUGAUCAACCUACUUGUGUUAAAGUUGAUGAUAUUGCCAUAGAUACUGCAGGACAUAACAGUGAAUCUAAUGGAUCUACAACAAGAAUGAAUACACUUGCAGUUGUCAUAGCAACCGCAUGUAGUGUCCUAGGCAUUCUCUUACUAGUGAUGGUUGUGAUGAUCAUUAGGAGACGUAAGCCUCGUCCACGUCAUUAUCACCAAGUUGGUGUUCCGCCACCAUACACUAGAGUACACAGUAGCUCAUUUGAUGAACUAGAUAGAGUUGCAUUAAUUGGAUAUGAUGCUGCUAGAUUACCGACUUACGAAGAGGCUGUGCGAAAUAAUUCAUCCUCAUCUGUUCCUCAAAGGGGACAAGGGUUGUCAGAAGUUUCAGUAAAUGGUGAAUUCAGGCCAUUGCCAAGCAUUCCAAAUGUUGUUCGAAGCGGUAAUGCUCAAAAUAGUGACAUUCAAUCAGUGCACUCUAAUCGACAUUCUAUUACAACGAUGAGUACUGUAAACAGAGAUGGUAUAUCUGAAGUGUAUGGUUCCAUUGACACAGUCAACUAUAGUAUGAGUGAUGCGUCUACCUCUGUCACAGUGGACACAUUUGACAGUACAGCAUCAAGGCCAUCCCAUGGGUCAGGUACAGCCACUGCUGGCAGUGUCAAUACCUCCCAAGAAAAUAUAGUCACUGAAGAAGCACCAUUAUUAGUUCAUGAGAUAGAAGAAUCUGAAGACAAAGGUGAGGAUAUGGAGAUAAAAGAUGAAGACAAGAAUUGAUCAUUGUUUAUAAUUAUUUGUUAAUAUUUUGUAUGUUCCAAUUUUGUAUCAUGUUCAACCUCAAGAAGUCGUCACAUAUUUCAUUAGAUUUUUUUAAACUAGAAGAUCUUGUUGACCUUGAACAGAAAAAAGAAAAAAGCUAAAACCUUUUUUUUUCUUCGGUUUUAUGCCCUGCAUUUGAUAUUUGGAGGGACAUUAAAUUUGCUAGUCUUUACACCCAUCUGUCUGUUCACCUGUCCAUUAUCAUGUUAAAGUGCCACUUUAAGAUAGUCUUCUCUUGAAAUUGUGAUCACAUCAACUUGAAACUAAUUACCGGUUCACUUGUUCAUUAUAAUGUGAUACUUUUAAUUAAAUAUUUGCUAAAUUAUGACUCAUAUUCUGCAGUGCAAUGAACAUGGAAAUGUGAUGGUGUGAGCUAAGCAUGGUGUGCUAUAGACAUUUCUGUUUUUGUGGGAGUCAUUUUCUAAACAUGUAAUCUAAAUUUCAUUGGCAUAUUUUAAGUAGCUUCAAAGCAAAAACUAGGAAAUGUUUCGAAGAAAUAAAAGCAUAUAAGGAAGAUUUUUUAAAACCGUUUACUUUUAUUAUACAUGUUCAAUUCAAAUGUGCAGUUAUUUUGAUAUUAGUAAAUUGGGAUUUAAUAUUUUAGUUUUUUAUUUUCUGUUGAAGAUUAUUAUUUCCUUUAUUAAUACAAAUAACCCCCAUGCGUUGGUAGAUUCUAAGUUUAAGCUACACCUAUAUGUGGUUCAUCAAACUUAAUGUCAACAGAAGCAGGCAAUAUUGAUUUCAGUGAAAUGUUUAGAUUGCCCAUAAUAAAUUUCAGAUUAAAACUGACCAUCUGUAAGAAGAUUUGUUAACUCCUAUUUUAAGGAAAUUAAGUGUGAUAGAAGCAGUUAAACACCAAGGAAGAAAAAAUAAUUACCAAUACUGCAGAUAUUUGGGCACCUGUUCAUAAAAAUGGUUUAAUAUUCAGCAAAGAAAAAAUUGGUGAUAUUUUAUAGGAUUUAUUUUUCAUUACAAUGGGACAGAAUGAUCAUAUAUAUAUAUAUUGAAAAACUAUAAACUUUAAUUUAUCACUGCCUUUGUAUUAUAUUGAAAACAACAUGAAUUUAUUUCAAUUCUAUGGUAUUUCAUUUAAUUACAUCAAUAUAUUAGCUGGAAUGCUUGGUUAUACAAGUUGUUUUGUAACGGUUUAAUACGAAUAUUAGAAGAGUUGUAAAUUAUAUUAUAUAUGUAAUAAUAAAUUUAAACAUUUCUGAAACUAUAAAUAGUCACUAGGGUAAUUCUGUUAUAAACCUUAUUAAGACAGCAUUCGAGUGAAGUUAAAAUCAUGCAGACAUGGUGAUUGGAUAUGCUCAUAAGAUAAAAGUUUAAAUCUUUUCUGUUGUUCCGAUCUAUUUGGUAUGUUUUUCAACAUUCCAAGAAAUUGAAUUUGAAGACCCUAUUCAUUUAUUGACAAAUGACCAAUUUUAUAUUCAGAGAUCCUCAAAUACUCAUUCAGGGUCGCAUGAUUAGUCAUAUUCAUAUUGUUAGUUACACCACCAUUUUUUUACAUGUACUUUCAGUAUUCCAGGAAAAAGUAACAUUCCCACCUUCUAUUUUCCAGCUUUUUUAUAUUCCAUUACAAUAAAGAGAAGAAAUUAAUUGUUCUUUCAAUGGUUUUUUUAAAUGCUUAAUUUGCAUGUAUGUAGAUUGCAGGGUUCUUAAAAUUUUUAAAUUGCUUUAAUAUCUGCUAUGAAAUUCUCUGAAAGUUUUAGCAAGUGUUACAACAACUAAAACUGAGGAAUCCCUACCAUGCAUAUAGAAGCAAUUAUUAUUUGUUUAUCGGUAAACACAUUUUUUUUAUGUAUCUGUGUUGAAAGAUGAGUUGCAAAAAAAUGUUUGAGUUGAUUGGGAGUAGUGACAAUAAUACGUUCGGUUUUAAUUGAUCUUAGUGGUCUGAAUAGUGUAAAUCUGUAGGUAUUUCCUAUAGGCUUUGACAUUUUAUGUAUAUUAUAGAUAAUUAGUAUAUGAAUCAUCUGUUUCUAUAUUGUGCAAUUCUUCAUACUUGUAUACUCUUUUUUGAAGCUUAUCUUUUCUUUUGUCCUGUCACAACUUAAAGUAUGACUAGGGCAUAGAGAUUUCCCUUAGCUUUAAAUUUUGCUAUUGGUUUAUAUUUAACACUUUUUAAUGACUUGUAUCCUUUGAGUCAACAUCUGUAUGGCACUGUCAUACCACUUAAACUACAAUAGGGAGGUUAGAAUGGGGAAAAAACUGUUUAGGCCCAUUGAAUUUAAAAUUUUACAGCCUGUAUAUACCUCCCAAAAAAUAUUUGGGCACAAAAUGUCUUAUUCAAAUAAGUUUUAUGUGUCAGAGUAAAAUAUACUUUUAAGGCUUUUUCUUUUAUUUAAAUUUUUCAAAUAUUGUGUGUAAUAUUGUCAUCUUUAAAUUUCAGACUUAUCAGUGUCGUAUAAUUUUGAAAAGGAUUGGACUGUAUCAGGUCACUCAGUCACUCAGGUGUUCACUCAACAAUGCAUGUUGGUUGUAUAUCAUCUUCAAAAGCAAUGGUGGUUGUAUAUCAUCUUCAAAAGCAAUGGUGGUUGUAUAUCAUCUUCAAAGUCAAUGGUGGUUAUAUAUCAAUUCCCAAAUUCAUAAUGGUAUAUCAGUCUUAUAACUAUGCAUCAAUUCUCUUAUACAGUACAAAAAAUAAUUGACAGCAAUUGGACCAACUGGUGUCUUUCAUUUCAUGCUUAAGUAACAUUGUUUACAUUGCACAUCAAUGAGAUUAGAUGACUCGGUUUCUAUUACAUUCUACAGUUAUUGAAUGUUUUGGUCAUAUUGGCCUACAUUUUAUACAGGUAUUUUUUUCUGGUUUACCUCACAUUAUACAUCCAUGAUCUAUCAGUGUUUAUUUGAUCUAUCAGUGUUUAUUUGAUCUGUCAGUGUUUAUUUGAUCUAUCAGUGUUUAUUUGAUCUAUCAGUGUUUAUUUGAUCUAUCAGUGUUUAUUUGAUCUAUCAGUGUUUAUUUGAUCUGUCAGUGUUCAUUUGAUCUGUCAGUGUUUAUUUGAUCUGUCAGUGUUUAUUUGAUCUGUCAGUGUUUAUUUGAUCUAUCAGUGUUUAUUUGAUCUAUCAGUGUUUAUUUGAUCUAUCAGUGUUUAUUUGAUCUGUCCUUCAGUUGUUCUAAUAUUUCCUUUAACUGAAGGGGAAUUGCCUUUUGCAUAAUUUUUGUCGAGCCUGCGACUUUUGUCGCAGAAAGCUCGACAUAGGGAUAGUGAUCCGGCGGCGGCGGCGGCGGCGGCGUUAGCUAACUUCUUAAAAGCUUUAUAUUUUAGAAGGUGGAAGGUCUGGAUGCUUCAUACUUUGUAUAUGGAUGCCUCAUGUUACGAAGUUUCCGUCAGUCACAUGUCCAAUGUCCUUGACCUCAUUUUCAUGGUUCAGUGACUACUUGAAAAAAAAGUUAAGAUUUUUUGUAAUGUUAGAUUCUCUCUUAUUAUAAGUAAUAGGAUAACUAUAUUUGGUAUAUGCGUACCUUGCAAGGUCCUCAUGCCCGUCAGACAGUUUUCACUUGACCUUAACCUCAUUUCAUGGAUCAGUGAACAAGGUUAAGUUUUGGUGGUCAAGUCCAUAUCUCAGAUACUAUAAGCAAUAGGUCUAGUAUAUUCGGUGUAUGGAAGGACUGUAAGGUGUACAUGUCCAACUGGCAGGUGUCAUCUGACCUUGACCUCAUUUUCAUGGUUCAGUGGUUAUAGUUAAGUUUUUGUGUUUUGGUCUGUUUUUCUUAUACUGUAUGCCAUAGGUCUACUAUAUUUGGUGUAUGGAAUGAUUGUAAGGUGUACAUGUCUAGCGGGCAGGUGUCAUCUGACCUUGACCUCAUUUUCAUGGUUCAGUGGUCAAAGUUAAGUUUUUGAGUUUUGGUCUUUUUUUCUAAUACUAUAUGCAAUAGUUCAACUAUAUUUGGUAUGUGCGUACCUUGCAAGGUCCUCAUGCCCGUCAGACAGUUUUCACUUGACCUCGACCUCAUUUCAUGGAUCAAUGAACAAGGUUAAGUUUUGGUGGUCAAGUCCAUAUCUCAGAUACUAUAAGCAAUAGGUCUAGUAUAUUCGGUGUAUGGAAGGACUGUAAGGUGUACAUGUCCAACUGGCAGGUGUCAUCUGACCUUGACCUCAUUUUCAUGGUUCAGUGGUUAUAGUUAAGUUUUUGUGUUUUGGUCUGUUUUUCUUAUACUGUAUGCCAUAGGUCUACUAUAUUUGGUGUAUGGAAUGAUUGUAAGGUGUACAUGUCUAGCGGGCAGGUGUCAUCUGACCUUGACCUCAUUUUCAUGGUUCAGUGGUCAAAGUUAAGUUUUUUGAGUUUUGGUCUUUUUUUCUAAUACUAUAUGCAAUAGUUCAACUAUAUUUGGUGUAUGGAAAUAUUUUAUGAUCUAUUUGGCAGUCACGCAGGUUUUAUUUGACCUUGACCUCAUUUUCAAGGUUCAUUGCUCAGUGUUAAGUUUUUGUGUUUUGGUCUGUUUUUCUUAAACUAUAAGCAAUAGGUCAACUAUAUUUGUUGUAUGGAAGAAUUGUUAGCUGUACAUGCCUGCCUAGCAUGGUUCAUCUGACCUUGACCUCAUUUUCAUGGUUCACUGGUCAAUGUUUAGUUUACUUGGUUAAUGUUAAGUUUAUGUGACAGUUGUAAUAAAGCUUUAUAUUUAGGACUAUCAACAUAAUAUCAAUGAUUAGUAAGGAAGGCGAGAUAUUUCAGCGUGUGCACUCUUGUCUAACUAUAGAACUGAUCAUUUUAAUGAAUCUCAAUAAGACUUAAAGGUAAAUAUAGCAGAUUCUGUAUGAUAGUUUAAAACUUUAAAGCCUUCUUCUCAAAGUUUUGGGACGUUGGUGACAGAAAUUCACCCUCUUUCGUAAUAGAAUACAACAGAUCAAUGGUCAAUGGUGAAUUGCUUCUGACAUAAGAGGAUAAUAUUUUGAUUUCUUUCAAUUAGACAUUUGUAGGGCUGUAUUUUGUUAAAAAAAUAUAUUCUUACUUAUAUUAUAUCCCAAAAAAAGGCACUGAAAACCUGCUGUUCCUUAGAACAAUUUCAUUUGAGAUUAUUGAAAUUUUUUAUGACUGCAAUGUGAUCUGAAUAGCCCAAUAUAAAAAUUUGAUUGACCCCUCUCCCAGUAAACCUUGCAUAUAGAUAUGGUGUUCCCCAAGUUGUAAGAACGCAAAUGAUAACAAAAAUAUGAUGUAAUGACAUUGUAAUUGAAGAAAAACUGCUUUGUGAGACAUAUCUUAUUGUGAUGUGAAUGUUUAAAUAAUGUCUAGUUCAAUGUUUAUUGUCCCUAUCCACAAAAUGGAGCAGGGACAUAGAAUUACAAGCAUACUUGUGUCUUUUAUUCCAUCCUAUCUUGUAAAAAUUCUCACAUCUACAAUUUAUUUUCAGAUUUUAUAAAAUUUAUUUCAAAAGUUUACAUCAGCAAUAUCUCAGAUGAGUUUGAAAAUCAGUGCUAAUUAACUAUUGUAAAAAGAGUUUUGCCCAUGGAAAUGCUGUACAAAUGUCUUUUUGGUCCUUUAAGUGUUCUCAUGGGUGCAAUUUCCCCCUGAUUUUUAUGAAAUUCAUAUCAAAAGGUUUACAUCAGUGCCGAUCAACUAUUUUUUAAAGAGUUAUGUCCCUUGAAAUGUUUGUUUAUCUGUCUGUCCCGUCUUGUAAGUGUUAUCAAGGGUACAAUUCUUGCCAAAUUGUAUGAAAUUAGAGGUUUACAUUUGCAAUGUCUUGGAUGAGUUUGGAAAGCAGUGCUUUUAACUUUUUAUGCCCUGGCCGUAGCAGAGGGGGCAUUAAGUGUUACCCUUGUCCGUCCCGAAAUUUGGUUUCUGUUCUCUAACUUUAGAUUGCCUCAACCAAAUGUUAUGAAACUUAUACACAAUGCUUAUUACCACAAAACACAGAUCAGGUUCGAAAUUGGUGUCACUUUUACCGUUCAUGAGUUAUGCCCCUUUAUAAACAUAAAAAUUGCUGAAUUUUUCGUUUCCAUUCUCUAACUUUAGUUUGCCUCAACCAAAUGUUAUAAAACUUAUACACAAUGCUUAUUACCACAAAACACAGAUCAAGUUCGAAAUUGGGUGGCGUCACUCUUACCGUUCUUUAGUUAUGCCCCUUUAUAAAUGGAACAUUGCUAAAUAUGUCUUUUCCGUUCUCUAACUUUAGCUUAUCUCAACCAAAUGUUAUGAAACUUAUGCUUAUAAUCACAAAACAGUCUUAACUACGUGAAUCAUGCAUCUGUAUGUGGAAGUUGACUCGUGCAUAUUUACAAGCGGGGGCAUCUGUGGCCCAUAGACACAUUCUCCAUUUAUUUUUUUUUAAGGAAUUUAUGCUCCUUAGAAAAGUAAAUUUCAUAUGGUAUUUAUAUAAAAGAUAAAAAGAUCUCCCUCAAACAUAAUAUUGGGAGUUAUUGCCAAUGUCCAUCAGUUAAGGACAUUGAAUCACUGUUCUUUUAUUUGUACAAUUUGUUACUGUGAUCAAAUAUUAAGUAAAUAAAAUAUAAAAUAUUCA